AUGGGUAACUACUCUGCUGGAUUACCCGAAGAGGAAGAAUGCCAUUUCUUGCCUCUAAAACACGUCUAUGGAAUGAUGGCCGUGAAUAUUUUGUCAACAGUUAUUGGCACAAUCGGCAAUGUGUUAGUGAUCGGAACGGUACGCACGAAUUACGCUCUGCAGAUAAUUUCCAACUUUUGGUUGGUGAGCAUGGCCGUCGCUGAUUUAUUCGUAACAGCACUGGGGCAGCCUUUGUUCUCAGUUUUCCUGGGUCUACAAAUCGGAGACGAAUGCAACAUUUUCGUUUCGCAAGCGUUUCGCUUGAUUGCCAACAUGUCAUGUUCGGCUUCGGUACUUCAUUUGUGUCUAAUCAGCAUUGACCGCUGCCUGGUUAUUCUCCGGCCUCACGAUUUCAGAGAGAUUCGGACCAAACAACGGUUCAAGAUAGCGCUAGUGAUCGCAUGGACAUUGCCAAUCGUUUACGGUAUCCUACGCCUGACCGUCAGCAAAACAGCAACGUCUUAUUUCACAGUUAUAGCCGUGGGCCUUUGCUACGUGGCUAUCAUCGUAUGUUACUCGCUGAUUAUUCUCAAAGUCAGAAAACAGGGCUCAGCGACACUAAAACGCUUUCGCAGUCAAAGCGGGAGAGGCGUUGCCUCGGAGCACGUUGUAGAGCGCCGUGUAACGGUCACUAUAGCGAUCGUUGUUGUUAUUUUCACGAUUUGCUGGUUUCCUCUGUUAUACCUGCGCUCCGCAUUCGCUGAAGAAAACUUUGGCGUCGCUUACAACUGGGCAAGAACAUUGGCACUAACUAACUCAUCAAUGAACCCGUGGAUUUAUUGUUUCAGGAUAGCUGAGUUCCGUCAAGCAUACAGAAGACUUAUUCGGUGUCAGUGGAAGCCUGUUUGUACGUGUAAUGGAGGAACAGGAGAACAACGCGAGAUGACCACUGGUACGCACUCUAGCGAUUUGGAGACGAGCCAUCAAGGACCGAAUGCAGUGUAA